AUGAACAACUUCUCCGGAGGCCUGCCAUCGAAGUACUUCGAUUCCUGGAUUGCCAUGAAAUUCGAUGAAACAGAUGAGGUGGUCUACUAUGCAGACCGGAUGGUGCAGUAUGCCUGGUUCACGAGUUCGUACGGAGAUUACGAUUACUCGUUCACGAUACUCAACAAAGGAAUUGAGAUGGAGUACAACAAGAUCUUGGAGUACCUGACCGUGAUUGACCUUUCGAGCAACGGCUUCAUCGGAGAAAUCCCGAGUUCCAUCGGAAGUUUGAAGGAACUCCAUUUGCUCAAUCUCUCCAACAACGCCAUCGCUGGCUCCAUCCCUUCGUCGCUGGGAAAUUUGACCAAAUUGGAAGCUCUCGACCUGUCAAGCAACGAGCUCAUCGGAAAGAUCCCUCCAGAGCUAACCCAACUCACUUCCCUCGCCUUCUUCAACGCGUCACGCAACCGUCUCUCCGGGCCUAUACCUCGAGAGAAGCAGUUCAACACAUUCGAGAACAGCUCCUAUGGGGGGAACCUAGGACUCUGCGGAGCUCCUUUGACAAAGAAAUGCGGCGAUCUCGAAGCACCACCACCUCCGCCGUCCAACGACAUGCUUGUCAAGGAGGGCUCAAGGACGUCGUGGAUCAAAGAACUGGAUUGGAAAAUCGUGCUGAUGGGCGUUGCGAGCGGGUCGGUCGUCGGCACGGUUAUGGGGCUCAACUACACCACAAGAAUCCAACAUUGGUUCGUCGUCAAGUUUUGCCGAGGAAAGCAGAGAGGACGGAGGCACAGAAGAAGGGUUGUCUGA